UAUGUUUUAUCAAUUUUGAUAACGAAAUUACAGUCAGCAGUUUUCAUAGUGCUCAUACUGCUACAUUCUUAUAACUUAAUGUUGGUUUAAUAAUCGUUAUAAAUUAACAUAAAUCGAAUUAUGUGUUUAACAUAAUUUGAACAAAAAUCGCUUCUUAGGACCUACAGCAAUUAGCAAGAUCAUGUGAAUAAAGUACCAAUUCAUAGUUUGUUGUUGUUGUGUUAAAAACAAUUAUGUCUGAACCAAACCCAUUUGCUGGUUUAAUAGGAACUCAUGAAGGUAAAAGCAGCAAUGAUGUUGAAUAUACGUCUGGUUCCGUUGCCGUACAAAUAGCGGCGAAAGAAGCUAAAGAAGACGAAAAAAUUCAAACCAUCAACAACAUAGUGGAAAAUGUUUUUCAUUUUACAAUUAACGCGAAUGCUGUGGAUGAAAAAUCCGACAAACAACUUGUUUAUUUGGAAGAAUUGGCACAAGCUAUGAACCCAAGAAUUCGAAUUGAUUUGGAAGCUUUAGAGCAAGCUCUUUUUGAACGAUUGUUACUGCAAGAUGUAUGUGAGAAUGUUAUACCCAAAACAUGCAAAGCUUACAAGGAACAUGUUGUACAAAAACAAGUAUUUCCUUAUCUGUUCAGUUCCAUGCAAAAUCUUCAAACAUAUGACUAUGUAAAUGAUAUUACAGUUCGAAAUGGUAUAAAGAAGAUGAGGGAACUUAUAUUCAGAAAUGCAGUGACUGCACUGAAACAGCCAGCUUUAUUUGAAGAUCAAGAUUUUGCUAGUCAACUUAUUGAACUUCUACAACAUGUUGAUCCCCAAAGUCACACUUUUUUUAUAGAUUUAGUGAAGGCUUUCAUGGCAGAAGCGGAUGCUGAUUCACAAAAUCAGCUAAGAGACACCAUGAUUCCUGUUUUAAAGAAAAUUCACACCGAUGUAAACAAGUCAAAUUUAAUAAAUUUAUCCAUCUACAUUUUGCCAUCUAUUCACAUAUUUGCCAGUAGUCCAUAUUUGGCUCCAAUCUUGAUGGAAGCUUGUGAACCUAAAAAUGAAAUGAUAGGAAGACAUUAUCAAGACUCUGUGCUUGGGGCUCUACUUUCACUGUCAGUCUUACCGAGAACUGCAACAUCACUCCACGAGUACUUUGACAACCCAACGGACCAAUCCUCUAUAUCAAUGGUAGAAUCAUCAAUUUGGAAUGCAUCAUCGCAUCUUAUAAAUAAUAUGCACAAGGUAUUUCUAACUCUACUGAAAGGAGGGCCACAGAUUAAAAAUCGUCUGCUGACUUGGAUUGGCAAAUGCCUAAAGGCUAAUGUUGCUAGAGGAAAGCUGUGGAAUGUCCAGGCUGGUGAUAUAAGUGCAGCUUCACUACAAUGUGUGUCUGAUGGAUUCAUGCUGAAUUUGGGCGCAGUGCUAUUACAACUUUGUCAACCAUUUUGUACAUCGGCAAAUGAUCCAAAAUCAUUGAAGAUUGAUCCAACAUAUGCAGCAGUGCCGACGGAAGAGUGUGCAGCUAAAGCAAUUCAUUUAGAUUGUCUCCACACUGAGACAUGUUUGCUCCCAGCUCGUGAGGGUGAAGAUGGACAAACUGUUAAACGUCCAACAGCUGACACUUAUAAUUUUGUCACAGAGUGCUUCUUUAUGACGCAGAAAUGUAUUGACUUGGGUGUUCGUGUUUGCGCCGAGAAAUUGUACCGUGUUGGUCAAGACCUGGGCAGAGCGCAGCGAGCAUUGUCAGAUGUAGCAGCCAGCUCGCAUCAUCUUGUUGAUCCGUUGCGACAGCGGGCACAACAUCUUAUGACGAAAUUCGUAAGUUUCCGCUGUGCUCUUCUCGAAAAUGACAUGUUGACAAAUUUGCACCGUCUACAAGCAACCACGUGCACUUGGCUGGUGCAAGUCGCGAUACGGGACAACGCUGAGAGGACUUGUUAUGCUCCCAUGAAUUUGAUGCCCGUUAACAUGCCUAUUACUACACCACCGCCUGAUACUUUAAGAUGCAUUCCAGAGUUCGUUUUAGAGAACAUAGUUGUUCUAAUAACAAUGGCUCGGCGUACGGUGGGCGCCAUCACUGAAGAGGCGGACUUGGCUGGUUUACUCCAACCAGCUCUUACAUUAGUGCUUGCGUUUAUGGGAGACUCUUCAAGGACUUAUAACCCGCAUUUAAGGGCGCGUCUAGCCGAAUGUUUGGAGGCCAUGCUACCAAAUCAUCCAGAUGAGCAACAGCCACUUAGCAACAUGGCUUCUUUCUACAGAGAGCAACUGUUCAAGGAGCACCCCCAUCGAUUGCAGUUGGUGCCAUGUCUUUUGGAUGUGUUCGUCGGUAUCGAAAUGACCGGCCAGAGUGUGCAGUUCGAACAGAAGUUCAACUAUCGCAGACCCAUGUACCUUGUUAUGGAGUUCCUGUGGGGAAUGCAGGAACAUAGAGAUGCUUUUACUCAUUUAGCAAACGAAGCUCAAGCAAACAUGGAAGCAGUACAUCCACCAAUAUUCCUACGUUUUGUGAAUUUGUUGAUGAAUGACGCCAUCUUCUUACUUGACGAAGCAUUGGGAAAUAUGGCGCAAAUACGGACACUACAAACUGCGCAAGAAUCCGGAGCCUGGACGAACCUGCCAGCUCAAGAACGCGAGCAGAACCUAGCUAACCUCUCGCACAUCGGUAUGCUCGCGCGGUUCGACAACAUCCUCGGGCGGGACACUAUCCGCACACUCGUCCGUCUCACUGCGCACGCGCCGCACCUGUUCUGUCACCCCACGCUCGUGGAGCGGAUCGCGUCCAUGCUGAAUUACUUCUUGCUGCACUUGGUUGGACCCAAUAAGAAGAACUUUAAGGUAAAAGACAUGAAAGAGUUCGAGUUUGAUCCAGCGAGCACAGUACUAGAUAUCUGCCGUAUGUACGUAGAGCUCGGGAACAAUGAGCGGUUCUGUGCUGCCGUGUCUGAUGAUGGAAGGUCUUAUUCGCCUCAACUGUUCACACUUGCUGAAGCUGUUUUGGUACGAAUCGGAGGCGGUGGUCUAAUAACAUCACUGCAAGAAGUGGCGACCCGCGUGAGCACUAUCGCCGUGCAGCGACAACGCGACGAGGAGAUACUCGCCAAUGCACCCGAGGAAUUCCUCGAUCCUAUAAUGAGCACGCUCAUGUUGGACCCCGUUGUACUGCCGAGCUCCAGGACCACGGUAGAUAGGACUACCAUUGCAAGGCAUCUCCUGAGCGAUCAAUCCGAUCCAUUCAACCGUUCUCCACUGUCCAUGGACCAGGUGAAAUCGAACACUGAACUAAAGGAGCGAAUACACGCCUGGAUUGCCGAACAGAAACAGAAAAUUGCUCACACCCCUGACAGUAACACCUAAGCGUUUUGUAAAACAUUUUAACUGUUAAACUAGGCUAGCUAGUUUCUUACAUUUUUUAAUGUAACAAAUAAGUAUACCGUAAACAUUAGACUUUUUGUAUAAAACUUUUCUUGAUAUGUGUGCUACGGAUAAUGUGGAACAUUCUAGAUAUUUGUUUAUGGUUGCAGAUUUAUGGGUUCGUUUUUAUAUCUCUAAGAUAUGAGUUUAUAUUUUAGUCGAGUUUAAUUGCAUAAUUUAUCUCUUUGGUUGUUUUAUUUUGAUAAUUUAUAAAUAGUAUAAACUAUUUUUGGUCCAAGAGAAGUAUAAUAUUUACUAUUUUUUUUUGUUUAUUUAUUUGUAUAGAUAUAGACUGCUAUACAAAUCCAAUGUGAUAAUAUUUUUUGCUGGUUUUUCCAUUUAAUUUACCGUGUCUAUCACGUUAUUACUUAUUAAUAUAUACGACUGUGUACAGACAUGGGCAGGACACGUAACUAUUUUUAUGCCUUUGAAGAAGUCAAUUAAGGUAUGAUUUGCCUUUUUGCUUCAUUAAGUUCGCGCGAUUUCUGACUGUAUCUAAAUGUUAGUAUUAGUUACGGAUAAUUAAUAACAAUUAUUUUGACCAUAAUAUGAAGCAUAGAACUUAAGAAUCUUAGGAUGUAUAUCAUAUGAAGACUUAAAAAAUCACAAUAUAAAGAAGGACAUCCAUCAGUAAAACAAGUACAAUAUGUAAUUACUUCUUACACUAUGGGUUAAUAAUAAUUGAACCUGUACUUGCACUCUCGAGUCUGGUACCUACCUAUGUCUUCUUUAAUGUUGUGGUUGAUAAAAUAUGGGAGAAUGCUUUUAUCCCAUAACAUUUCUGAGAUAAAUAAAGUUCUUGUGUGUGCAGAUACUUGCCCAUUACUACAUAAUAUAUUAUACGUUAACAUGUAAUACUUAACCAAGUACCAAUAUUGUUGUGUGUAUGUGUAUCACAAUCCACUGUCUGUUGUCCCUUUUGUCUUAUUUGUAUGGUAUUUGAAUGAAGAAGAAUGUAAUAAAUAUUCCUUACUUUAUUGUAAUUUGUAAUACGUGAUUAUUAAAGACGUCUCUUUGA